GGGCGAUCGGACGAUCCUCUCUGAUUGGCUGCGGCCUCUUCAGCUCCUUGCGUGCGUAAACUGGUGGUUCCUUCCGCCCCGCGUCUCCGUUGAAAGGAGACUGCUGUCCGAGCGUCCGAGCCUGGGAUCCCGGGGGUUUUCCAGGGCUACGGCGAGGAUCAAAGGGCUCAGGGGCUACAAUGUUGUCAAGACUCUUCCGAAUGCAUGGCCUCUUUGUGGCAUCCCAUCCUUGGGAAGUCAUAGUGGGUACUGUGACUCUUACCAUCUGCAUGAUGUCCAUGAACAUGUUUACUGGUAAUGACAAAAUCUGCGGCUGGAAUUAUGAGUGUCCAAAGUUUGAAGAAGAUGUUUUAAGCAGUGAUAUUAUCAUUUUGACAAUCACACGAUGCAUAGCAAUCCUUUAUAUCUACUUCCAGUUCCAGAAUCUAAGGCAGCUUGGAUCAAAAUAUAUUUUGGGCAUUGCUGGCCUUUUCACCAUCUUCUCAAGCUUCGUCUUUAGUACGGUUGUUAUUCAUUUCUUAGAUAAAGAGCUGACUGGCUUGAAUGAAGCUUUGCCCUUUUUUCUGCUCUUGAUUGACCUUUCCCGAGCCAGUGCUUUAGCAAAGUUUGCCCUCAGUUCAAACUCACAGGAUGAAGUCAGAGAAAACAUUGCCCGUGGAAUGGCAAUCUUAGGCCCGACUUUCACACUUGAUGCCCUAGUUGAAUGUCUUGUAAUUGGUGUUGGUACCAUGUCAGGUGUUCGACAACUUGAAAUUAUGUGCUGCUUUGGUUGCAUGUCAGUCCUUGCCAACUAUUUUGUGUUCAUGACAUUCUUUCCAGCUUGUGUGUCCUUGGUACUAGAGCUUUCUCGAGAAAGUCGUGAAGGUCGUCCAAUAUGGCAACUCAGUCACUUUGCCCGUGUUUUAGAAGAAGAAGAAAAUAAACCAAAUCCUGUAACUCAGCGGGUCAAGAUGAUUAUGUCUUUAGGCUUGGUGCUUGUUCAUGCUCAUAGUCGUUGGAUAGCUGAUCCAUCAUCUCAGAACAGUACGGCUGAGAAUUCAAAGGUUGCUUUAGGACUUGAUGAAAACGUGUCCAAAAGAAUUGAACCUAAUGUUUCUCUCUGGCAAUUUUAUCUUUCCAAAAUGAUCAGUAUGGACAUUGAACAGAUGAUCACCCUUAGUUUAGCUCUCCUCCUGGCUGUCAAAUACAUCUUCUUUGAACAAGCAGAAACAGAAUCUACACUCUCGUUAAAAAAUCCCAUCACAUCUCCAGUGAUGAUUCAGAAGAAGACUCCAGACACGUGCUGUAGACGGGAACCUGCAUUGGCCAGAAAUAACCAGAAAUUCAGUGAAAUGGAAGAGGAAUCUGGAUGUAACAAAGAGAGAAAAGCUGAAGUUAUAAAGCCCUUAUUGGCAGAAACUGAACCAUCAAACAAGGUUACAUUUGUUGUGGGUAACAAUUCCCUGCUUCAAACAUCAAACACUGAGGCCGAAAUUGAACUACCCACCGAGCCACGUCCAAAUGAAGAAUGUCUCCAGAUACUUGAAAAUGCAGAGAAAGGUGCAAAAUUCCUCAGUGAUGCUGAGAUCAUCAGAUUAGUCAAUGCUAAGCAUAUUCCAUCUUACAAAUUGGAAACUUUGAUGGAAACACAUGAACGAGGUGUAUCUAUUCGCCGACAAAUGCUGUCAAAGAAGCUUCCUGAACCAUCUUCGUUGGAGUACUUGCCAUACAGGGAUUACAAUUACUCUUUGGUGAUGGGAGCUUGCUGUGAGAAUGUUAUUGGAUACAUGCCUGUCCCUGUUGGAGUAGCAGGGCCCCUCCAUCUGGAUGGUAAAGAAUUCCAGGUCCCAAUGGCCACAACAGAAGGCUGUCUUGUUGCCAGUACCAACAGGGGUUGUAGAGCAAUAUGUCUUGGUGGAGGUGCAAGUAGCUGUGUUCUAGCAGAUGGAAUGACUCGAGGUCCUGUAGUAAGAUUUCCUAGUGCAUGUGACUCUGCAAAUAUGAAGACCUGGCUUGAAAGUCCUGAAAGCUUUAAAAUAAUAAAGGAAGCAUUUGACAGUACCAGCAGAUUUGCACGUCUCCAGAAAGUUCACAUUAGUCUGGCUGGUCGCAAUGCCUAUAUCCGUUUCCAGUCCAGGACAGGUGAUGCCAUGGGGAUGAACAUGAUUUCAAAGGGAACAGAGAAUGCACUUGCAAAACUACGUGAAUUUUUUCCUGAAAUGCAAAUUCUAGCUGUUAGUGGCAACUACUGUACAGACAAAAAACCUGCUGCUAUAAACUGGAUAGAGGGAAGAGGGAAGUCUGUUGUUUGUGAAGCUGUCAUUCCAGCAAAGGUUGUCAGAGAAGUUUUAAAAACUACUACAGAAGCUUUGGUUGAAGUUAACAUAAACAAGAAUUUGGUGGGCUCAGCUAUGGCUGGUAGCAUAGGAGGCUAUAACGCACAUGCAGCCAAUAUUGUAACUGCCAUUUUCAUUGCGUGUGGGCAGGAUGCAGCACAGAAUGUGGGAAGCUCUAAUUGCAUCACUCUUAUGGAAGCUACUGGACCCUUAAAUGAAGAUCUGUAUAUCAGUUGUACUAUGCCUUCCAUAGAAAUAGGAACUGUUGGUGGAGGAACUAACCUGCGACCGCAGCAGGCCUGUUUGCAGAUGCUAGGUGUUCAAGGAGCAUGCAAAGACAACCCAGGUGAAAAUGCCCGUCAGCUUGCAAAAAUCGUGUGUGGUACAGUUAUGGCCGGGGAGUUAUCACUGAUGGCUGCAUUGGCAGCAGGACAUCUAGUCAAAAGCCACAUGAUCCACAACAGGUCAAAAAUAAAUCUCCAAGAUCUCCAAGGAAUCUGCACCAAGAAGGUAGCUUGAGUGUCACUGAAGUUCUGAACUCAAGCACUCUCAUGAGAAUGGGAUCUUAAGGACUAUGUAGAAAAUCUGUGAAUUAAAAAAACAACACUUCAGUGCAAUGUCUUGUCUAGAGGACAGCGAGACAUGUUCAGGGAGGCAGCUGGCUUCAGUGGUUCAAGAUGACUUCUCUAAGAAGAGUUUCUUUUCCACAUCUGACAACAGUUUAGUGUUCUGCAUACUUGUGUUUGACCAAAAGAUAUCAUCUUGGGUAUUAAAGCAUCAAAGUGCCACAGCUAGUGAAUACCAUGUUUGAAGCUAGAAAAAUAAUUUUUGAAUUUGGUGAGAUUCACAAAUAUGCAAAUUUCAUGGUGAUCAAUGGGAGAUUUCCCCCCUCCCAGGUAGAAAACAGAACUUUUAACCUAAAAAGAGUUCAUUUGCAUUAUAGUAAAUCUGAACAUCUCACUGAUUUUUUAUAUGCUAAUUAUUAAGCUCAAGUUAACUUUAAGAAAGAGUUAAAAGUUUUUCAUUGUAUUCCAUUUGGUGCCGGUCUAGUUCCAUUUUUAACAACAUUUAACCAUGAUACUUAUGAAGAAAUAGUUUUUGGGGAUCUCUCUUUUCCCCCUUGGCAGUCUACAGAAUAGUGUGCUAAACAUAGUAUGUAACAGUUGUGUGUCAGAAGUACCAAAAAAAAAUCACUGUUUCCUCAUACAGGCUAUCGAGUUCCUUUUUAGAACUUACUAUGUCCAGAUGCAGUUGGCUGUUACAGGCCAGUCUGUGUAAAGCUUUAGCAAACACAGGAGAAACUUUGAGCCACUUCCCUUAGAAUUUAAACGUAUCAAUUCCAACAGAUGUUUCUCUUUAAAAAAUCAAACUUUUAAAGUAGAGUUGUUUAGAUGAGGGUGUUUCAUAGGGUCAGAUGUAGGGUCAGGGCAUCUCUGUACAGCUCAGAGCCUGAGAAACACGUUUGUCGGGGGAAAGAGAUUCUUCCUCUAAGCCAGUUUUCUUAAAAGAAAGUUAUUGUAAUUUAUUUAACUAAAGUAUUCCAGAUAGUUUUUUUGUAAACUAUUGUAUCAAACUGUAUAUGUUGUAAUAAUGCCUCUGAUGCUGGGAGUUUAUUGAAACUGUCAAAUAAAUACAAAUCAAAUUGUACAUUGAAAAAAAUACUAGAGCUUGGGGAACCUACGAAUGUAAUGCUGUCCAGAAAGGCCCUGGCCUCCUUGUUGUAGCAUUUCUAAUGAGGGAGAAUGAACAGGACUUAAUCAGCGAGCCUUCCAGCCAAUGAAGUAGCUGCGAGGAUGAGCACCAGAGGGGCAAUGUACCUUUUUUCCCCCAGGAGCCUCGAAGUUAGUAAUUGCAGAACACUUGACACAAGGCUUUUUGGUGGUCCCACAAAAGCAGUUUAAGCCUGUCUGGGGAUGAAGAGAGAUGGUGUAUUUUUUUUUAAACAUUCAAGUUUUAUAUAAAUGAAAAAACUCCUUAUUUUGUAUUAUGUCUAUUCUAACGUUGUAAAUGUCGGUCUUAUUACGCUGAUGUCUGAUGUAGGAGAUUGACUGUGAUACAUUCCAGUGAUGCUGUAGUAGCAUGUAAUACCCAGUUUGUACAUGGAGUUUAAGAGCUGCUUCUUGUUACUGGCUAUUUUCAGCCAGUGACUGACUUAUUUAUCUGAACUUUUCAUUGGAUUGACAGUGAAAGGUUAGUUCAGUGUUCAUUUUGGUGAAUGUAACUUACCAGCCGUUGUCUUGCAGAAUUAACAUUUUGUACAAUUACUAAGUUGUAUACAUUUUGGUACAGAAUUUUUUUUUUCCAGUUUCAGUAAACAAUGAAAACUUAUAAGUUAAUUCUCAUCAAGUGUAAGUAGUGACCUUUAUUGAUUGAAUCACACCAGGCCAGAGGAUUGAGUGACAUAAAGACAGCAUUUAGUACAGUGGCUUGAAGAAAGUAGGCAUUCAAUAAACCUUUGUUAAGUUUAA